GCUUGAUAGUUUCCAUCUUUCCAUAAAAAAGUAAUAAAUUGUUUAAUUUGCUGGCAACAUAGCAGUUAUCUGUCUUUCGUAAAAAAAAAUCGGGAUCGAGAGAUUCUUGUGAUAUGGCUGGAAAUACAACCGAGGAAGUAGAGGGGUCGGCGACGACGGAGACCAAGAGCAACAACAAUGAGGUGCCGCCAGAGUUCCUGAUCAAGCAUCCCCUACAGAACACGUGGAGCCUGUGGUUCUACGACAACGACCGGAACAAGACCUGGGAGGAGAACCUUAUUGAGCUCACCACAUUUGAUACUGUCGAGGAUUUCUGGAGAUUGUACCACCACAUCAAACUACCGUCAGAGUUGCGUCAAGGACACGAUUAUGCCGUGUUCAAGCAAGGGAUCCGUCCCAUGUGGGAGGAUGAUGCCAACAAGAUGGGCGGACGGUGGCUUAUCAGUCUCGAGAAGAAGCAACGGAACUCAGAUCUCGACAGAUUCUGGUUAGAUGUGGUCCUUCUAUUGAUUGGUGAAAAUUUCGAGCACUCAGAUGAAAUUUGCGGCGCGGUUGUGAACGUCAGGGCCAAACUAGAUAAAAUUGGCAUAUGGACGGCAGACACAUCGAAGCAGCACGCAAACUUGGAGAUCGGGCGCAAGUUAAAGGAGCAACUCGGCAUCCACGGCAAGAUCGGCUUCCAAGUCCACCGCGACACCAUGGUCAAGCACAGCUCUGCUACCAAGAAUCUAUAUACUGUUUAGACCUCGCUACUCCACACCGCGCAACGGCUGCGAACAACGGUUGUGGAACCUUGUCAAAUUGUAGUCGUUACCCAUUUUAUUUCCCUAAAAUUGUGUUCAGUAGAGACUGCAUAGAUUCUAUGUUCCUCGAACUUGAGAUACACUCGCCGCCGUUGCGUCUAUAUCAUAGAUUUUUAAAGUUCUUAUUUAACAGAAGUAGUAUUGUUUAGGUUGACGUCUUGUCAUAUUUCGAUGGAGCUUUGUAACAUCUCUCGUCUGUACGGGCUAUAAAUUUAAGUCUGAUUUUUAUACUGAAGCUGUGCUCGAGUAUGUUUGUUGAUAUGGUCACAUAGGUGUAAGUUGUGUUUACUCAUAAUACGGCCCUAUGCCGCCUCUUGUUGAAUGCAAAUUAGUAUAGUAUAAUAAAUAUAAAGUUAUAACAAUAUAUUUUAUACAUUUUAACAGAACCGUAUCAUGUAUUCUGCAACGCUUUAGGUAUUGUAUAACACGGCAACUUAAUUUUCUGGAAGUUAUGAAAUCUCGCUCUGUAACAAACACUGUUAAAUUUGGUAUUUGUGUCUGUUAGUCAAAGAAUAUUUUGGUAUUUUAUAUAAAAGUACUGGAAUA